UGCUUUGCCGAUUGUUUUGUUGUGUGCAACACUGCGCCAUAGCAGACUUGCUGAUAAUUAUUUUUUUAUUAAGUUUAUUUUUAUAAUUUAAACAGUAGUACAAAACAUUGCAUGGACUUUAAAUGGCAGCAUACCCACGUGAUGAUCAAAUGAAAUGGUACCACGGCCGCUUAACACGCGAGGCCGCCGACGAUUUGCUAAAACAAGGUUACGAGGAUGGCACAUUUCUGGUGCGGGAGAGUAGCACCGCAGCUGGCGAUUUCGUAUUGAGUCUGCUCUAUCAGGGCGAGGUCUGCCACUAUCAAAUCCGACGUCAUGGCGAGGACGCCUUCUUCUCUAUCGAUGACAAGGGGCAAACUAAGAUAUUACAUGGCUUGGAAACUUUAGUGAAAUACUAUCAGCAGGAGCCAAAUGGAUUGAUUACUAAGCUAUCGCAGCCACUCACGGGCGAUCCACCGCCACCUAAUACUCGAAGCCAGGGCGUGACAAAUCUGCUGCAUCGCGCCACCAGCAAGAAUGAGAGCAAGGUGGUCUUUGAACUCUUGAAGUGUGGCAAUCGCAACUUCGAUGCAAAGAAUAAGGAUGGCCAGACAGCACUACAUUUGGCUGCAAUUAAUUGCAAUGAGGAUAUACUGAAGUUGCUGCUCGAUGCGCGCGUCCAAGUGAAUAGCUCCGAUUCGUUUGGCUGGCAGCCUUUGCAUUACGCCUGCCGAAAGAAAGAUGCCAGCUUUAUACGCACGCUGAUUGCUGCUCAGGCGAACGUGCAGAGCAGGAACAUUGAGAACGGCCAUGUGCCGCUGCAUGAGGCAGCCAAGCAUGGCAAUUUGGAAGCGGUGCAGGAGCUACUGUCUGCGCACGCUCCAUUGCUGCCACGGACCAGCGCCGGUGAGUUUCCCUUCGAUCUGGCCAAGGAGGCGCAACAGACGGCUGUUGAGCAAUUUCUGCUCAACUAUAAGAUGCUUCCCGCCAACACGAGUCGGGAGAUGUGGUACCAUGGUACUUUGAAGCGAGACGAGGCGGUGGCCAUACUCAAAAACUAUGCCCAAAAACAAGUGCAAGAGAAGCAGCCAACCUCGGAACAGCCUGCGGACAUGUCCGGCUACUUUCUAGUGCGUUACUCUGAAUCGCCAGCAGCGUCGGGCUAUGUAUUGACGCUGCUCGGCGAUCAAGUGGUCAAAAACUUUCUCAUCUCUCAAGCGGAUCUCUAUCAGAACGGCACCAAGCUAACUUCCAGUGGGUCGAAAUAUCUGUAUAUAGACGAUGGUCCCUAUUGGCCAAGCUUGGAGCAUUUGGUGGCGCAUUAUAUGCGAUUCUCUUACGGGCUGCCCGUCAGUCUAAAGUAUCCCGUGCCGCCACAGCCCAAACCGGAGCUGCCAUCAUUUGCUACUAUACCACGUCCCACACAUAAGCCACGCGAUCACCCACCAACCAGUCCCCAUCCUGGCAGUUCUAAGCACCAGCCUGUCCUGACCAUAACAAAGAAAAAGCAGAAAGAAAACAGCAGCUCGAUGUUCAAUACGCUGCGCAUUGUGAGUCCCAAGAAGAGUCUCUUUGACAUGAACAGUUUGCGCAAGAGCAAAACGAAGAAUAAGCGCAGCGAUUCGGAGAGUAGCGUUAGCCUGGUCGCUGCAGCCAACGAGGAACUGCAGGCGGCAGCGCCCAUGCUAAAGAAUCUCUCCUUUUCAACAGACUUCAGCAAUUUCAAUGUGGAUGCGGGGGAACUGUACAAUGUGCCACGCAACAAUACGCCCAUCGAGCUGCCACCCAUUGCCAACAAGACUGAAGACGAGGUGGAAUACUUCACCAAGAGCGAUGUGGCCAUUGAGAAGGAACGUCUUGCACUUACCACCAAUGGAUAUUUGCCUACCACAGAUGUGCAUAUGCUGCUGGAAAAGGAGCUCAAGCAAUUUGAUGGCAAACAGGUGUUACGCUUGGACUCCAUAAUAUCCACUGGCUCUACGGAGAGCGAAAUGGCUAGCUAUUUGCAGCGCAAAUGUAGCGGAGCCGGGUCUGGAACAAUUGGAUUAAGCAGCAGCGAGAUAGAAGCAGCCAAGCAGCGUUUCUUGAUACAUCCAGAUCAACUGAAGCUAGACACCGAAAUCGGAGCUGGUGAAUUCGGCUCCGUUUACAGGGGUUGCCUGCGACAAGCCAAUGGUCAUUUGUUGAAAGUGGCAAUCAAGACACUUCGCGAUGAGGAGCAGCAGAUGAUCAAUAAGCAAGAGUUUCUUCGGGAAGCAUCUGUGAUGAUGCGACUGGAGCACAAGUGCAUUGUGCGUCUAAUUGGCAUCUCUAAGGGCGAUAUGCUGAUGAUGGUUCAAGAGCUUGCGCCACUGGGCUCCAUGCUACAGUAUAUACUGGAUCACAGUACCGAGCUGAAGGUCAACUACGAGCUGAAGCUGUGGGCCUCGCAAAUUGCCUGCGGUAUGCAUUAUCUGGAAACGCAGCAUUUUGUGCACCGCGAUUUGGCCGCAAGGAACAUAUUACUGACGUCUACGCAACAGGCUAAGAUUAGUGACUUUGGCAUGUCGCGCUCUUUAAGCGCGGGCAGCGAUGAAUAUCAUUUCACGCAAGGAGGGCGCUGGCCCAUUCGCUGGUAUGCGCCGGAGAGCUUCAACAAUGGCAUCUUUUCGCAUGCGAGCGAUGUUUGGUCCUUUGGGGUCACAUUGUGGGAGAUGUUUGCCUUGGGCGCACCGCCGUACGGCGACAUAUCCAAUGUGGAUGCCAUUAAGCUGGUGGACAGCGGACAACGUUUACCACAGCCAAAUGUCUGUCCGGCUUACAUUUAUGCGGUAAUGCAAAGCUGCUGGAACUAUCAUCCCAGAGAGCGGCCCACUUUUGCCUAUCUCAUGGAGUUCUUCAGUCGUGAUCCUGAGUAUCAGAAUCUUCCAGAGCUGGUCCAGUCGGUGCAUAUCUAGAUAGGCAGCUGCUCUGCUCAUCAUUCAAUUUUCUUUAACGAGUGCAAUUUCUUUUACACCUACUCUAUGUAUUCAUCUAUCUAACGUAUUAUUUUGUUUUGAGCUCGCAUCUUUCCAAACAUAUCCUGGCCGAUAUACUACGAGCUUCUUCUAUAUAUAAACCUGUAUAACUACUUGUACCA